UUCAGAAGAGAGAGCAAGAAUUAUGGAUGAAGAAAGCAACUCAGGAAGAAGGCAGGAAAACGAUAGCGGAGGAGUUUGAUAACAAGCCACCAACAGAUUAUAAACUCACAGAGGCUGAUCUUCAUCCCAUGUUUAUUCUAGUCAAAGUCCUGGAAAGGGGGCAAUACUUCGGUGUUCACAGUGUCAUUGGAACGGAGCUACAGCCGACCUUCAGCGUCGUCAGUAACGGUGCUGAAUGUAUUAUGAUCUCAAAGAAAUUCUUCAAAGAAAAAUCCACCGAUUCUGUCAGACGCAAUCUUGAAGAAUGUGAAAGUCGGUUCCCUCCUGACGAGGCCUUACAGAGAUCUUUACAGAGCUACGUUAACUGGCAGGCCGACAGAAAGAAAAUGUAUCUCACUGUCGUGAAUGAUAAACAGAAGAGAAAAGAAAAACGACGCCAAUAUUUGCCACAAUACACCGGUCAAUAUUGCUUUCGGACAGGUCCAGUAUGAUUAGGUCAUUAACCGUGACGAGAAUUUCUUUUCAUCAACAAUAGAAAGAGAUAAGUAUGAUUCAUCUUUGCACCGAGGGCAGUGUCACAGAAGAGCACAGUUAUCAAAUGUGAUACUGAUAACUGUAACUUAACAACGAUAUUGUGAUUAUUGAAGUAAUCAUAGCAUGAAAAAUGACCUGACCCGCACAGGCUUGGAACUGGUUAUAAAGUCACGUGGCAAUAAGGAAAAUGAGGCCAACUCUAUCAAUGUCAACGAAGAAGCAAUACAUUAUGGCUGUUAUUUUGAUAUACGUACUGCAUUGUUCUACAUAGAAAUAUACACACUUACAUCGAAGUGACAGUCAAUUUCAGCUAUUCAAAUUGUUUUCUGCAGACAAUCUAGAGCCACUGAUGAGAUUUAUUGAAGACAGAAGUAGGUCACGCCACGUCAAUGAGUAGAUACAGGCAGAUAACUGCAUUUAUAUUAAGGGAAAAUAUGUAAAUAAAUAACGUCUGUAUUCUUUAUGAAUCAAGAAGAUGGAAUCUACACGACAAUAUAG